AUGUCGAUCUGGGAUGGUUUUCGAAAUAGGCUGGGGUCGGGCGACGCCAAGGAGAAGCAAUCUUCACCUCCCACGGCACCCACUCCGGCUUCUUCAUCUCGCGGGGGGCGCCAAGAUGUCGAAUGGAACUCGAAUCUCGAGCGAAAGCUGAAGGGCGUGCUUCACCAGCUCAAGGUGCUCACCAAGAUUCGCAAGACCCGCAUCCCCUCCCCCGCAUCCACCACCUCCACAUCUCCUCCUCCCACCGCUGCCACGCUGCCCGCCAGCGUCACCUCGAGCACCGCCACGCCCGCCGCCACCGCUGCCGCCGACCCGGCCGUCGAGGCCCAGAGCAAGCGCGUAGGCGACGCCGUCAAGGAGGUGCUGCCGGCCCUGGCCCUGCCCUCCUUCAGCUACGACACCCGAGGCCGCGGCAGCCACCACCACCACCACAGCGAAGGCAGCAGCGGGCUGAGCGCGGCGCGGCGGUUCUUCCUCGACCUGUGGCACCUGCUCAUGAUCAACCUCGAGGCCCUCGAGGGCAAGCACCAGAAGCACGCCUACGAGGCCAUCUCCUACCUCAUCACCCGCGAAGAGUUCGACCUCACCCGCAUGGGCCUCCACCUCGACCAGCUCCGGUGCAGCAAGGACGAGCUCCUCGUCGUCCACCGCUACCGCGUGCUCCUCUUCCACACGCAGACCUUCAUCAGCGUCAAGCUCUCCGAGGUCGUCGAGCGGCCCUACAGCCCGCCCUACUACUUCUCCCAGUUCUGCGCCCGCGUGCUGGCCAUCACCUUCUUCCGCCUCCCGGGCGUGAGCCGCGCCCUGGUCCAGGCCGUGGCCCUCUCCACCCCGCAGAUCGCCGAGCUCGAGGCCUAUCUCAUCCCUCUCCAGCGGCCGCCCGCUGCCGCCCGCCUCCCCAUCGGCGACCACCGGCCCGUUCCCUCUUCUUCUUCUUCACCGUCAUCUUCAUCUUCAUCUUCGUCGUCGCCGCCGGGUGCUGCGGCGAACGGGGUCGGGCCGUCGUCGCCUCCGAUGUCGUUCGUGUCGCCGUCGUCCACGGCGCGGAGCGCUUCGCCUGCGAUUCGCAUCGGCGCGGCGAAGGCCGACGGCGGCGCGGCCGUCGCGACAGGGGCGAGCCCCAAGCACGCCGCUGCAGAUCUCAAGCUUGACCAGCAGGAGCGACGGGUCGACUCACCGCGCAUCGGGGCGCGUCAGCUCGACAGCGACUCCUCGCCGCGGCGAGGCGCCAAGGAAGAACGGGAGCGCGGGGAGAAGGAGGAGACGAAAAAGAAGAGGAAGAAGAAGAGGGACACGCCCGCGGGAGAGAACGAAGACGACGACGACGACGACAAGGAGAGGCACGAGCACGAAAGCGAAGAGGAGGCGGAGGAGAACGAAGGCGACGAGAACGAGAACGAAAACGAGAACGGCGACAACGGGGGCGAUUCCGCGGGCGACGGGCGAUCGGCGCGAAAGUACACCUUCACCCAGGGCCGGUGCUACUGGCUCGUGACGCAGCUCGACGGCGGACAGAAGACCGCCAAGCGGAAAGUGACCGGGCCAGUGUCGCCGUUUCCCAACCUCACCACGUGGCACACCUUCCACGGGGCGCUGCUCAUGCGCAUCGCCGACAACGAAGACGACAAGUUGCGGCUGGCGCCGACGGAGUGGCUGAAGCUGUUCAAUCAGCGGGACAGGCUCUAUUUUCUAUUUUUGCGGGACUGGGUGGACCACAUCCUGUACAACACCCAGGGCCGUCCGCUCGAGUGGAGCGGGGUCAAGGGCUACAUCCCAUUUUUGCUGGGCUUCAUCUACGAGCUGCGCGCCCGCAAGCACCUCACCAAGCCCCUGCUCGACUGCACCAACGCCUUCCUCGCCACCGACCCCUCGCUCCUCAACCUCUUUGUAAAGCUCACCUUCACACGCACCAAGCUGAUUCUGUCGACCGAGCACCACCAGCUGCUGCUGAAGGUGCUGAUGUUCCUGUACCAGUACUCGGAGGUGUUCAUGGGCGACGCCCGCAUCGCGCUCUACAGCGACUUUGUGCUCGACCGACACUUUUACUACUUCUUCCUCCACUGGGACAUCAACGUGCGCAACGCCUUCCAUCAGCUGCUGGCGUACAAGAUGCUGCGAACCAAGCGCUCGCACCUGCAAGGGCAGGGACUGCGGGUGAAGGAGCUCGCCAGCGUCAGGAACAACGGCGGCGGCGGCAGCGGCAGCAACGGCAACUCGCCCAACUCUCGCCGCCCCCAAGCCGCCUCGACGCUCAUCGACCGCGAGCAGGCCGUCGACGUGUACCCCUCCCUCCCCUUCCCCUUUGGCCGCUUCUGCCCCACAUCUCACGGGUCGUCGUUGCUCUCCUCUUCCCUCCUCUCGUCGUCCACAGAUUGCUGUUCGAGAAGAUGGAGGACAAGCUCAAGACGGCCGGCAAUCCAGAUGCGCGGUCUGGUCCAGGACUGCUACCCUGCGGGGUGGGAGGUCUACGUUCCCGUCGCCCUCACCGAGUACAAGCGAUACCUGGCCCAGUACUACCAGUGGGAGGGCAGCGACAAGAAGCAGCCGAGGAUGAUGCCCGUGGCGAUGGUGGAGCGGACGCCACCUCCCGUCCCCAUACUGGCGCAGCCGCGCCCACGCGCGUCCAUGGACGGACCCGACACAUAG